UCUCAACAUCUUCUUCUAGUCUUAGGUCUUUUUCCUUCACAAACCCUAUCCCCAAUAUUUUAUAUGGCUGACCCUAACAUGCCCUCUAAUGUGCCCCAAAUACACCAAACUCAGCCACUAUUAUCAUCAUCUUUUGACCCUAGCUCUCCCCCUAUACCGCACCCACUUGACCCAUUUCUGUCACGCUCUAUCCCUACAACCCCAUGUGAAAGCCCUUCCCUAAAACACCCUCCUCAACCUCAACCAUCCAACUCCAAUCCUACCGCCAUGGCCAUGGCCACCCCUUCUGCCGCUCCCAAAAGGCACCCUUUAUAUCGAGGAAUCCGCAGCCGAAGUGGCAAAUGGGUGUCUGAAAUCCGGCAGCCUCGCAAAACUACUCGUAUUUGGCUUGGCACCUAUCCAACCCCAGAGAUGGCAGCUGCCGCCUAUGAUGUUGCUGCUCUAGCCUUAAAAGGUGGAGAUGCAGUUCUAAAUUUCCCUGGUUCUGUUGGGUAUUAUCCCGUUCCUGCUUCAUCAUCAUCUACCGAUAUACGUAAUGCAGCAGCCGCAGCUGCUGCAUUUAAAAAGGCUGAAAUGAAUCGAGAAUUGGCACAGCUGCCUAGAAAUGACGAUACCCUUAAUGCCAAUUUUACAGCAGGUCAAGAAUUUAUUGAUGAGGAGGCACUGUUUGAUAUGCCAAAUUUGCUGGUGGACAUGGCGGAGGGAAUGCUGCUUUCGCCGCCAAGAAUAACCUCUUCCGAUGACUCUGCAGGAACUUCCGAUGGAGAGAGUCUGUGGAGCUAUUUUUAAUACAUAAUCAGUUUAUAGAAUGCUAGCUCCUUAAUCUCUAAAUUUCAAGAAUGGAUCGAUUAACAUGAAGCGUAACAACAUAUAGAAAGAUACAAGAGGACAUGGCCGCAUCUAGUGACCUUUUUUUUGCACAAUUGGCCUCUCAUCGAUCAAUGAAUAAAAAGAAGAGAUCAUGGAGGGAAAUUCAAGAAAAACAGGAUCAAAGAAUUUUUAACAGUGAUUCCCAACACGUAGAGUUUUUGAAUCUGAUCAUUCAGAAGAGUGAGAGAUUUUAGGGUUUGCAUAAUAUGGUGAUCUGUGAGCAAUACGGUCUUGCUGCUGUAGUAUAUAUUUUGGCUUGCUUUUUUUUGAGAUAAUGAUAUAAUGUUCUCCAAAUUU